AUGGCCAGUACGCAGACUCCCGCCGGCACCGCUGGCGCAUCACCUAUCCACUGGCUGUACCGGCUCAUGUUGAACACCCUCGAGCCCUUCUUCGCCUUCAAUGGCGCACUCCUCGUCUUCCGCGAUCCGGGCAGCUACCUCUCUACCAUGACCCGCCACUCCAUCGCCUACCCGGCCGACCAGGGCGACGCCGCUGCCUUUCUCUACACCCAGCUCGGCGGCGGCUGGCUCUAUUUUGCCUUUGUCGAAGCCAUCGUCCUGCGUCUGUAUCCAAACGACACCCGCCUCUGGCGCUGGCUGUGUAUGGGCAUGCUGCUGAGCGACGCCGCCUACGCCCACGGCUGCGCGCAGGCCCUGGGCGGGUGGGCCGCCUGGGCCGAUGUGGCGCAGUGGACAGGCGCCGACUGGAUGGUGUUUUGGACGACGGCGCCGCCGCUGCUGGCGCGCCUGUUGUUUGUUUUGGGGCUGGGCGUGGACUUUACCAGCUACGGCGUCACGAAGAAGCAGGACUGA